AUGGGCCUCCUGCAGGUGUUGAUCGUGGAGAACUUCAAGUCGUUGCGGGGCCGCCAGGUCUUUGGCCCCUUCAAGAGGUUCACCUGCAUCAUCGGCCCUAACGGCUCUGGAAAAUCUAAUGUAAUGGAUGCACUCCGUUUUGUAAUGGGAGAGAAAACAGCUAAUUUGAGAGUGAAAAAUAUUCAAGAACUUAUUCAUGGAGCACAUAUUGGAAAACCUAUUUCUUCUUCUGCAAGUGUAAAAAUUGUGUAUGUGGAGGAAAGCGGGGAAGAGAAAACAUUUACAAGGAUUAUAUUGGGUGGAUGCUCAGAAUUUCAUUGUGAUGAUAAUCCUGUGAGUCGUUCUGCUUACAUAGCAGAGUUGGAAAAGAUCGGCAUAACAGAAAAAGCAAGAAACUGUCUAGUUUUUCAGGAAAGUGUAGAAUCGAUUUCAAUGAAAAAACCCAAAGAAAGGACCCAGUUUUUUGAGGAAAUCAGCAGCUCGGGAGAACUAAUAGGAGACUAUGAGGAAAAGAAGAGAAAGUUACAAAAAGCUGAAGAGGAUGCACAGUUUAAUUUUAAUAAGAAAAAAAGCGUAGCUGCAGAGCGCAAACAAGCCCAAUUAGAGAAAGAAGAGGCAGAACGUUACCAGAGUCUCCUUGAGGAACUGAAAGUCAACAAGAUACAACUACAGCUUUUCCAACUAUAUCACAAUGAGAAGAAUAUUCGUUUUCUGAAUUCUGAGUUAGAGCGUGUGAAUAAGGAUUUGAGUGUCACGAAAGAGUCUCUUUCUCAUCAUGAAAACAUAGUUAAAGCCAUGAAAAAGGAACGUGGAAUGCUAACCGGACAACUACAACAGACAGAAAAAGAAGUAAA